AUGCGCACUCAGUCUACCUCACAAGCCAUAUCCUCCUGGAUUUUGAUGCUCCUGCCCUCUGCGUUGGCUGGACUCAAUCUCGUUGGCGCCGUCUUUGGCUACAGCUCCACCUCCUUUGCGCUCGGCCCGUCGUGGCAUGACAGUGGCAACUUAACGGCGCUUGUCCGUCUCUACUUCAUCUACUCGCUGAUCCUCAACAUCAAUGCAGCUUGGCUCAUCGCAUCGGCCGUUCUUUGGCCUCUUGUUCACACUCGCACGAGCUCUUUUGCAAAGGCAUCAUACCGGUGUACAUGGCGCCGCGUGUCUCUCGCCAUCAAUGCCUCGAUGCUACCCUUGGUCAUCAUCUUUGGUGCCUGCGGGCUAGCCUACGCCUCCAAGCGCGUCUACGACGACGCAGGAAACGGCCUCAAGACAAGGAGAACGACCAAGGACGUCGAACACGCCGUCACGCCAGAUGAGAAGGCCUCACCCUCUGCGGCCCCUACUCCCACGCAGCCAGGUCGAGCAGGCUGGCUGUGCGUUCUAGGCUCGGCAUGCUGCCUGUUCAUGGGCUUUGGUUUCCUCAACGCAUUUGGCGUAUUGCAGCAAUACUACGAGACGACCUACCUGCGCGGCACCUCUCCCUCGAGCAUCUCUUGGAUUGGGUCCAUCUCCACGUUCCUCCUCUUUGGCGGCAACCUCGUCGCUGGAGUCUUGAUGGAUCGCUUCGGACCUCGCCCCUUGAUGGGCUGGCUCGUCGUCUCUUACACCGUCGCGUGUAUGCUGACGAGUCUUUGUAAAGAAUACUACCAGGUCCUACUCGCUCAAGGCGUUCUCUUCGGCCUAGCCGCCAGCUGUAGCUUUGCGGUUCCCCUCAGCUGUAUCAUGUUGCAUUUCAAGGAGAAGAGAGGGCCGGCAAUCGGCAUCGUCGUUGCGACCUCGUCAAUCGGCGGCGUCACCUGGCCCUUUAUCAUUCGCGCCUUGCUCAACAAUGCCGGCUUCGGCUGGACAUGGCGGGCUGUAGGCUUCAUCGGACUCGCCUUGCUCAGUAUUGCAUUCGUCACGGUGACCUCGCCGAUCAGACGCAGCGAGCAGAGGGCUGGUCCGAGGCAGAGCUUGUUCUACGCGCCUGUUCUGCGAUCCAGGCCAUACCUUCUCCUCGCUGCCUCUCUCUUCUUUUCCUUCCUCGGCAUCUUCUACCUCUUCUUCUACUUGCCGGCAUUGACUGCCGCCCAAGGCGCGCCAACGGAGCUGCAGUUCGCAAGCAUCUCGAUCCUCAAUGCCUGCUCAUUCUUUGGACGGCUCGGCGUGCCCAUCCCUGCGCCCAAGCUCGGCGCUCUCAACCUGCUCACGGGAUGUUCAGCAAUUGCCGCCAUCAUCGUCCUGGCCUCCAUUGGCGCGCAAAGCACGGCAGGCGUGCUCGUCGUGGGAGGCUUCUACGGUUUCUUUAGCGGAGGCAUCAUUUCGCUCUUUGCGGCCUGCGUAGGUAGCAUAACGCCCGAUCUGCGGCGCAUUGGCUCGAGCGUGGGCCAGAUGGCAGGUCUUUUGGCGGUGGCAGCGUUGUUAGGCUCGCCCAUCGCUGGCUGGAUCAUCGACUCGCGCGGGGGAUACAAGGCGGCAGCAGGCUUCUCGGGAGGAUGUCUCGCCUUGGGGGCCAUCUUGGCGUUUGCAGCCCGUCUGGCGCAGGAGAGCAACUUGCGCAAGCCGGCGUAGAAGCGGCGUGACGGCGUCCGUGGCCUUAGCUGGAGUGACAGCUGCUGGUCCGGAGCAUGAGAAGGGCAAUGAAUGUUGAAGCGCAAUGCAGCCCGUGUGAUGCCCGCUGAUGGUGCGCAGCGAGCAAGAAGGGGGGGACGAAGAGGAAGAUGAGGAGGCGGGCUCGCUGGUCUGACGGACGGAAAAGACGCGGAGUUGAGAAUCGGAUUGCGGGGGAAAGACGGGGAGGAAAAAGUCUGGCUCCACUUUCCCUUCCUCGCACCAUUCUCUUUCUUGCAACCGCCCUCAUAUCAUUGCCACUUCUCAUUCAUUCUGAUCAAGAGGGGUCUCCCGUGAAUUGCCUUGAUCGAUGAGGCGUGGAUCCAAGGAUGC